AUCUCACAAGACAUGGGUAACCAAUCAGGGGUUCUGGAGAGCUGACCCAUAUAAAAGAGAGAAAGCUGAGCCACAGAUUAUUGUACGAGGUGCUGCUGCCUGCUGAUAGUGCUGCUGAUUCCUGCAACCACCAUGUCGCCCCAGGCAGAAUUUGACAAGGCAGCCGAGGAUGUGAAGAAAUUGAAAACCAAGCCAACCGAUGAUGAACUGAAGGAACUCUAUUCCCUCUACAAGCAGUCCACUGUGGGAGACAUCAAUAUAGACUGUCCUGGGAUGCUGGAUCUUAAGGGCAAGGCCAAAUGGGAAGCAUGGAAUUUAAAGAAGGGUAUGUCUAAGGAGGAUGCCAUGAGCGCCUACGUGUCUAAAGCCAACGAGCUGAUUGAAAAAUACGGUCUGUAAUGCUAUGCAGCCACGUCUGUCCCGGAUGUAACCGCGAGAAUCUAACCUGUAUGUCACGUGGAGAGCAAAGACCCAUUAAUAACACUGUGCACCUGCUCUACUGUAGGUUUCUGCAAUAUUUCAGGAACUCUUAACUUAGGAUUGUCCUCUCACAGAGAAGACCUGUUUUCUACACAUGUAUGGUUUUCUAUGUCCCUCUUGCUUAUUAAACCAUUUUACACAAGAAAA